GCUGCUGGCCUGCAGCGGAGUAGGGGCUGCGUUAGUUGGAGGAGCCUGGCGCGGACAGAGACUUGGAGUAGUCCAUGUAGCAGGUGCCACUAUGGGUCUCAUGGCUGUAGUCUGUGUUGUCUGGGCUGAUGUGGAAGGAGCUCCUACUGAUGGCAAAAACCAGCUAGUUGGUGACAUGCUUUGCUUGGCAGGGUCACUGCUCUACUCCAUGGUCACAGUACUACAAGAAAUGAUGCUAGAUACUCUAUCUUGCUCCGACUACCUAGCAUUCCUAGGCCUCGUAGGUAGUAUAGUAUCCUGUACCCAAACAUUUUUCCUAGAAUUUGGAGAAUUAAUGGAAUUUAACUGGUAUGAUUUGGACACUAUAGUUCAACUUAGCAGUUAUUGCUCCGUGCAGACAAUAUUCCAGAUAUUACAGUGCUUUAUGCUAAGAGACGCUGGUUCCAUUAUACUGCACUUGUCAUUCCUAUCUGCGGAUUACUAUACUCUCAUUGCUGGGAUGUACAUAUUCCAAUUUAAGUUCCACGCUCUCUAUUUCUUAUCAUACAUGCUGGCGAUGGUUGGUGUCUUCCUCUUCAGCUCUCGACCGACGCGGCAGCCACCGCCCCAGCCAGACAGACUGCCUCAACUAGUCAACGACUCAGUACAGUCACAGGACAAUGUAUCUAUGGAAUACACAGUCCCUACCCUGGACUGUAUACCUAUAGAAGGUUUGGAGCCACCAAUGAGCAGAGACACGACAUUCACUUCCUUCCUAGGAGGCCCGCAAACAGUUCCUAAUGGCACCGUUACCUUCGCACAGACCAACGGCGCUCAGAACUCAAAGGAGGCCUGUUAAUGUAAGUUUGUGUCGUAGGAAACUUAGAAUGGUAGGCUGGAGACAGUAUGCUAUUAACUUAAAAAGAAAAGAAAGAUAAUUGUCUAUGAAAGAAAAAAAAUAAAGUUUGUAAAAACAAAUUAGAAAUGUUGUUUACUAAUCUUGUAUUUUUACGGACUUCCAGAAAAGGAAGUUAUCAGUUUUUCAAUAUAAUACUAAUAAACGUUAUAUUACAGAGCUUAAAAAAUCAUGCACAAAAAAUCCAUCUUAAAAAAAAUAUAUAUAUUUUUCUCAGAUAAAAUACAAUCAUUUUUGUGAAGGGAAUCUCCAGCUAUGCUCUAAACUAGAAAAAUAUUUACGAAAUUUAAUAAUUAGACAUAUUUGUACCUUUUGCCCAUAAUAAUUAUACUCUUUGUGCAGAAUGCUUAUUUUUACAAAUAAUAAGAGUUUUUGACUGUGAACUUGAAAGUUUGGUUUACACAUUUUAUCAGAUAUCUUUUCAUAAAUAAAUCAUAAAUGUUAGCAUUAAAUGUCACACCAAGUAUUAUAAUACUUUUGUAAGGUCUAAAUAUCGUGCUAAGGUUUCACUGUCAUCUUACUAGUCAUUCUCAUGUAGGCAUAAGACUGUCCGCCUUUUUUUGAUAUCAUAAAGAUGGCUGAACUCAUAUAACUUUAUAACUUCUAGAACGAUCCAUACACAUUCUGGAUGCUAUGUGGCUUGCAAGAGUUCUUGUUAAGUAAUCGACAUAAUGAUGGUUUUCGAUUAAACGAUAAGCGAAAAUUGGACUCAAAAAAGUCGUAAACGUUAUUAAAAUUAAAUUAUAAAUUGAACCUUACCUCUCCACAAUCCACGAAAGUUCACUAAAAAACAAAAUAAAUACAGUCACCAUAGAUACAAAGCAGAUAAAGAUUAUUCCAACAAGUUAUACUUACAACAGCAUACUGUAAGAAAAAAAUAUAAUAUUUUAAGAGCUAAUGAUUGGACUGGAAGAUUUAUAGAAUAUUUAAAAAAUGUAACCAUCAAAUAAAUAUUUAACCUCACUGAAUAUUAGCUAUAGUAACACCAACUACCUAGAUUUACUAGUCAUUGAUAGUAUAGUCUAAUAUAUUAGCGCACACUAAAGUUAAAUAGUCUUAGUAAUUUGUAUUAUCUAUAUUAUGCUCCAUUUUAAUAUACCUAGCAAUAACCAAUUUAUCUCGAUUUGAAUGAAGGUAACGAUAACUGCCACCUGUUCGAAUUUUGACUCAAAUUUAUAUCCUCAAUAUUAAAAUAAUAGUACUCUUUAUAUAACAUUUUGGAAUCUAGUUUCUAUAAAUUGUGAGAUAUUGUACCUAUCGAGUUUUGUAAGUUUUAGAAAAAUUAAAUUUAGCGAAGGCUGAACGCGGAAUUACGAGUAUGAUAGUUCGUUACAUUGCCACAAGUCCAACAUUCAUUUUUGUAUUAGAAUAUGACUCCUGAUUGAGCUUUAUUGUUUUAAAAAUAAAUGUUAUUAUUAUGAAGCCAGAGUAUUGGCGACUUAUAACGAUUUAUCAUUGAGAUUAUCCCAAUUGUAAAUUGUUAAACAAUUCCGUUCCGAUAUUAAGUAUUUAUUAGCAAAAUAUAUUUCAUUGUUCAUAUUAUUUUAUCUCAAAUUCUAGUAUCGUUAUAACGCUCAAUUAUUAAGAGUAAGUAUUAAUAUUUCUAAUAGUGAAAAUUUAGUCCAUUAAUUAGAUAAAUGUAUCAGUACAUUGGGAUUGUAAUUGGAAUUGACUAAUCGUUCUUUUAGAAUUUGUUUUGAAACUGAAAAGAUUGAUUGUAAAAAUAAUAGCAUAUACCCAACGACUACUUCCUAAAUACAUAUGUUUGAUGAGUGGUAUUGAGGCAAACAUGUGGAUCCGAUUUGAAUGUAACUUGUCAAUGGACUACAACCAUUGUAAUUUUGUGCAAAAUAUUAUCACUGAUCAAUCUUUUCAGUGUCUCAACUACAUACAACUUGUAUAGUAUUAUUAAAACAUUAAUAUUAUUAUUUUAUAAGAGUUUCUAAAGAAAGGUUAUUUCACCAAUAUGAUGGUUGUGUUAUGUUAAUUGUAAUAUAUUUAAGCUAUUUAUUAAAUUGUUGCAAGUUAUUUAAACGCUAAACACAAUAUAACUAAACUAUGUAUAAAAUUGAUUUUCUCGAAUGUUAAAUGCGAAUAAUUUAAAAUAUACUAAUAUGUACUUCUAA